AUGUGGGAUAACUUAAACCGCGUCCGCCAUAUUUCAAAAUGGACCUGAACUUAUACGUAUUUCCAAACAAUUGACAGUGUCUAUAAUGUAAACAUAAACAUUUACUUUGUUUCGAUUUAGAUGUUCCUGAAGGAAUGAUUAGUAAAUUUAAAAUAAACGUGUGGAUAGUUUCAAUACUAGUGCACACAGUGCAACUGAUCUCGGCUGGUAAAAUAUGUCAAACAGACGGCAUGACUGGUCCAAACUGCAACGAAUACGAUCUUGCUUUCAACAAGCCCGCGCGACAGAAAGAGGAAAUUGAAAGCUUCUCUGCGUCCCUGGCAGUCGACAACAUCAAUGACACGUGCACGAAUCCGCAAAACGUCACGGACCCCUGGUGGCGCGUGGAUAUAGGUCGUAACGUCAUAGUCCGCGGACUGGUGGUGUUUGUUGAUAAUAGUAUCAGAGACGUUCUCAAAACAUUCAGCGUUGAAGUGGAGGCCGAUGACUCAUCCGACCGGAAGAUGUGUUACAGCAACCCAUCGGUACGACUUCCGGUGCCCUACGCGUUCACGUGUUUGCAGAAUCAGACCGGUCGCCACGUGAUCAUCACGGGCUACACAGGCAACGCGACGAUUUCGUUGCGACUGUGUUCAGUAGGCGUCUACGGAAGCUGUGUACAGGGGACGUACGGAACAUAUUGCUCGGAGACAUGCGGAAAUUGCAGGAAUGCCUCCAUUUGCAACCCCACCACUGGACAGUGUCCGAGCGGAUGUGACGUGGGCUACACGGGCAGCAUGUGCAAAGACUUGUGUCCGUUCGGAACGUACGGGAACAAUUGCGCUAGCCUGUGUGGUAAAUGCCAGUACAACGCUACCUGCUUCCAGUUCACUGGCAUGUGUCCUAACAACGGUGCCUGCGAACCGGGCUACCAAACCGGAAACUGCACCACGCUAUGCCCGGAUGGCACAUGGGGUUUGGGCUGUAUAGCCUGUGGUAAUUGCAAAAAAUCGGCCGCCCCUUGUGACAAGUUCAGCGGAGUUUGCAAAUCUGGCUGUCAACCCGGAUACGAGUACACCACUGUUAAUAUGAGCUGCCUAGGCGAAUGCGACGAUGAACAUUGGGGUGACGCAUGCGGGGAGACCUGCGGUAAAUGCCACGUGCCGGGCCAGGACGCCCAUGGCCCAUGCUCAAAGGUCAAUGGGUCAUGUGCUCACGGGUGCGCUGCUGGUUAUUAUCAGACAGCCGGAUGUAACACCGAAUGUGGGGGAAACACCUACGGUUUGAACUGCGCUCUUACGUGCGGUCGCUGCGGUUGGGGCGGCAACCGGACGGCGACCACCUGCUAUCACGUGACCGGUGACUGCUUGAGCGGCUGCCAGUACGGCUGGAAAGGGCGCCUUUGUAAUGAAUCUUGCGCCGGUAAUGAAUACGGUCCUGACUGCAAAUCAGUAUGCGGCAACUGUAAAGAUAACGCAAGGUGCGCCAUUAUUACCGGCUCGUGCCCAAACGGAUGUACGGACGGAUAUAACGCCACUGACCCCACGUGCAAACAAGUGUGCGACGUGGGAUACUACGGCUCCAACUGCUCGCGCCAGUGUCACGUCAACUGUGCGGAGGAGUGCGAAGUCAAUCCGGUCAAGAACGUGACGGAAACAGUGUGCAACCGCAAGUGCUCCAAUGUGGACGGCACGUGCACAUGUAAAGAUGGAUGGACCGGACCGCGGUGUGAGGAUCCGUGCGCUAUCGGCUACUACGGUCCGAAGUGCGCGACCCCUUGCGGCAACUGCAAAGCGGGCACGUUCUGCCGCCAGGUGGACGGCUGGUGCCCGGAAGGGUGUGCCGACGAGUGGUGCGGAUACAAGUGUGACCUCUCAUGUAAGAAAGAGGAAUACAAGACGCCCGUGGGUCCCAUUGUGGGGGGAUCUAUAGGCGGGGUGAUAGGCGGGGGUCUAAUCAUCGCCUUCACUGCCUGGGUCGUGUGGAGAUACAAGAAGGACAAAUCAAUUGCGUUACGCUCCCUCGCAAAGUCGAUGCGAAACUCGUUCCGACGUCUGUCACAGAGAAGCGCCGACGGGAUUCGCCGGUCAGUACAGCGGCUCUCCCGACGGGGCAAGCGAGCCCAGGACAAAUCCAGGCUUGAUUCCGACGAUCUGACGAUCACGGACGGCGGAAAGGGAGGAGGCAAGCAUCACGUGAACCAGAUGUACGAGUGCGCGAAGAUCCACUCGAACUCGCUGCACGAGGACACAUUCCCGAUGGUUUAUCUACAGCUCCAGGGGGCCACAAAGGACGGAAGGACACUGCUGCACGACUGCUUUAAGAGUUUCCUAGAACAAAGACCAAAGUCUACCUCAAAAGAACAGAAUGGCCACACAACCGGGUCCUAUUACAACGUCGCAACCGAAGAUAUUAAGCUGCAGCUCAAUGGGGACGCAAACCCGAAGAUUCCCGCCUUUCUUCCGCUGGGCUCGAACCUGAGCGGGUUCCUGUUGAUCAACGAGUCCGCGGCCUCCACGGCCCUCUGGAACCACCUGCAGCAGCGCCAGAUAGAGACCAUCAUUUCCGUCGGCAAGGAGGCGUCGUGCACGUGGCGGCCCGGGGAGCGGCUCACAAUUGGCCUUGAUGUGGUGGAGUGUAUCGACAUGCAGCUGCAGCCUUGUCACCGCGAGACCAAACUGGUGGUGUCUAGGCAGGGCAUGCAAGGUCGCCGAGCGGUGCGCCACCUAGAGUUGUAUUUCUGGAGCCACAACGAGGUUCAUCCGAAUAUCGGGACACUUCUGCUGUUCAUGGACACGUUCAGGGGGCUCCACCGGUCGCAACGGGAGCGCUCCAUCAUCGUCAAUUACGUCUCGAUGAACGAGCAGGCGGUGCUGUUCACACUGGUCGCCUCGAUGCUUGAGAUCCUGGCGGAGUCCCGGAAGGUGGACAUCCUCAGAACGGUCGCCAUUGGGGGCAAGGCCACGGAUACCUCCGUGAGGACAUUCGAUGAGUUCAAAUUCUUACAUGACAUAGCCUUCAAUUACCUGUCCGAGAAGGACAAGAAAACCCCGGCAGGUAGCAACCAGACAUCACGAAACAAGGGUCCAACCAAGCAACAAGUAACGGCGGAUAUUGCACCGGGAAAUUUAAAUUCCAAGAACGGUCCAAACAACCGAACAAAAAACUUUGCAUCGAAUAACAAUAACACAAACCCGUCUGUAAGUUCGAAUCAGGCUUACGUGUUUUCCCAAAGGAAUCUGUCACAACAGAAUGAUGGUGGCAGACCACCGCGUGAGGCUGGCAGCUAUGGUCGCCCAAUGGCUCCGGACAAUAAUGCCGAUCCUUUACCCAUCAUUCGACCUUUACAACCGCGCGCUCACCAGCAGGCCUUGCCGGAGCAAAGAUACCUCGGAAUGGACUCCAGGUCACCAGGUGGUCAAUCGAGAACACAGCCGCGGGCGUUAGAUGAGGACCGCUCUUUCAGGCCGAUAGAGACCGACCCUCAGCGGCCCACCGAUGCCGCCGGGCAUAACGGAAGACCAGUUCAGUCCUCUAGAGACCCGCGGGAAGAGAGAUUACAACAUGGCCCGUCCCCCGACCGACCUAACCGACCGCCUAGCAAUCAGGCAGCCAGAGCGGCGUCGCCCGGUAGACCGCUGCAAGAUGACUUCAGUCAAAGGAGAACAAGAGACUCCUCCCCGGGUCGCGAUCUGGAGGACCGCCCCCAUCCACGCUCACAGUAUGCAGAUAGUGCUAAUCCUGGGCAAAAUCCAGGCCAAGGUCGGAGUCGGGCUAAUAGUCGGAGUCCCGGACACUACGAAGAAACUGUGCCCUCGUCUAGUACAAUAGUGUGAUAGUGCACACUGAAAGUGAUGCUGGGGCCAAAUAUAUAAAAGCUGUAAGCAGCAUUUAGUAUUUCUAUGAAAUGUCGUUAAAGAACGCGUAGACCUGUGACUUGAGCAGAGAAAAACGUGUUGUACGUUUACUGAAGCGAUCUUUAUUAACCCCGCGAAACCAGUCAGACGCAUGUCAGAUAUUUUUAGCUUGGCUGUUUUCGGAGAGUUUUAGUCUGUCUGUCAGUCUGUCAGUCAGUCCGUCACACUUUUCUGGAUCCUGCGAUAACUUAAAAAGUUCUUAAUAUUUUUUCAUGAAACUUGAAACAUGGAUAGAUGGCAAUAUGGAGAUUAUGCACGUCAUUUCAUUUUGUUCCUGCGUCAAAAAUUAUGGUUGCUAUGGCAACAAAUAAAAAAUAAAAAAUUGUUUUACUGACAAUGGUGGAGUUUCACCGGUAGGGGACCAUAUUGCUUGGCAAUCUCUUGUUAUAAUUAUAAUGAUUUUCUUGAUUAGAUUUUUAAUUUGUCUAUAUCUCUUUUCUCUUCCUUCUUUCAUGUUUCUCAUUUUACCGAACAUCGUGCCAUAUUUCGACAGAAAUGUUUCUUUUAUUUCUUACACAUAGUGCAUAAGCAGUGCUAUGAAAACUUGAAAACACCGUGUCUAGCGGCUUGUGCUUUUUUAAAUGAUAGUAUAUGUCGUUACCAGUUGUUAAUUUGCAAACAAGCAAAGGUGAUAUUGAUGUUGUCAUGUAGGUUCGCUAAAUGUGUUGCUAUGUUUGGUAAACCUGUAUUUUAUGAUAAUUGUUCUCGUGUCUCAGGUAGUGAUAUCAAAAUCGAAUCGAAAGGGGUUUGAAAACUAGUGCAUCGCUAUUUAAUUAUUCUGGCAACUAUUGCAAUGGCACUUAUUUCUCUGAAGCUAUUGUAUGUAUCUUAAUUUAUACGUUUAAUUUGCUUAUUUUUUCUUUUAAUCCGACAUUUAAACUAGUUUUUUUAUAAAUGUUAAUGUAAUAUACUUGCAUAUACGUGUACAUAAUAAUUAGGUAUAGUCGAUUUGUUUGUAUAUAAGUAUGCUUUUAUCUAUAUUUCUGUAUUCUUAAUAUUUUACGUUUUAUAAAAAAUGUAAUCAAAAGAAGAAAAUAAGAAAUAAAAUAACAUUAAUU